AUGCGAGUGAGGCUGGCGCUCAACUUCAAGGGCCUAAGCUACGAGUACCAGGAAGAGGACCUUGCAAAUAAGAGCGACCUUCUCCUCGCGUCAAACCCGGUGAACAAGAAGGUGCCCGUGCUCAUCCACAAUGGUAUGCCUAUCUGCGAGUCGCUUGCUAUCUUGGAGUACAUCGAUGAGGUCUACCAUGGGAUAGGACCCUCCCUCCUCCCCGCCGACCCCUACCAACGUGCUAGGGCUCGAUUCUGUGCCAUCUACAUUGACGACAAGCUAGUCGCGCCAUGGUGGAAGAUGUUUGUGGGCAAGACAGAUAAGGAGAAAGAUGAAGGGACAAUGCAAACGCUAGCGGCGGUGGAUAUGCUAGAGGGGGUCUUGAGGGAAUGCUCCAAGGGGAAGCCGUUCUUUGGAGGAGACAACGUCGGAUAUGUUGAUGUUGUGUUGGGUGGUAUGGUUGCAUGGAUGCAAGGAACCGAGGCGCUUUGUGUUGUGGAGCUUCUACAUACCACCAAGACUCCGCUUCUAUUGGCAUGGAUGGAGCGCUUUGGCGAAAUGGAACCCGCCAAGGUGGUUCUGCCAAAAGUCGAUAGGCUGGUUGAGUUUGCAAAGAUGAAACGUGCCCAAAGGGCUCUAAUCUAA